CCGCACCAGACCCUGGGCACGGCGGGGAGGGGGACCCGAACCCGGUGUGCGGCAAGUGACAUGAGGCGGCGGCGCCGGAGGCGGGACACUCGGCUCUAGCGCUUCCUUGGCCGCGCGGGAGUGACCCCCCCCCCGCCGCUCCCAGGGGCCGGACCGAGCUCUUUCCUCCCCCGCCUGAGCGAGGGGAACGGGGGAGCAGCCCGGCAACAUGUUCCGCCGAGCCAGGCUCAGCGUGAAGCCCAAUGUGAGGCCCGUGGGUAGGGGCGGCGGCCCGAGCGCCCCGGCGGCCCCGGAGCCGCAGCGCGGCCAGGAUUCUGCCUCCCUGCCGGCAAGGCAAGAGCCGCAGCCCAGCGCGACAGCCUCUCCCGGAGCUGCUGCCGGUCCCCGCCCGGACCCCCCGCCCCAGCCAGAGGGGGGACAGCAGGGGAACAGAGAUGAAAGGACUGGUUGUGCAAAUGAUGAUGGAGAAGCUAGGAAACCUGCAGAUACACCUUUACAGAGAAGAAAACGAAUAUCCACUAUGCCUAAUCUGGCAAAACCCAGAGUUACACUUCCAUCUGCACAACGUUCAGUAUCAAAGUCUUCUCAAAAACUAGUACCUCAGUCUGUUACUAAUGGUAACUCUUCACUUCAGAAGGAAUCCUAUCCAUCAGAGAAGAUUAAUACAGAAAGCUCCCCAAAGUCUCCGAUACUGCCUGAAAAGAAAACACCUGUCCCACAAGUGCCACAGUUUUCCCCACUUAAAAAAUCAGUGAGCAAAGAGCCAAAUGUGGGUGUAACUGCUCUCAAAAAUGAUGAAAUCCUCCAGAAGAACACACUCUGCCCUCUCAAGGAGAGACCCACCCAAGGAAGACCCACACAAGAGGAAAUGCCACAUAAAAAAUCCCCGCUAACAAAAGAUAAACAAAAAUGCUCAGACCGUGAAAGAAUCCUCAAAGCUCAGAAGUUAAGAGAGAUGCUCAAAGAAGAGCUUAAGAAAGAGAGGAUGAAAAGAUGGAAAAAUAGACCAACAGUAAUUGAAGGGAAAACUCCACCAGAUCAUUCCAAAAUGACUAUGAGAGACUUGAUAUACUACCUGCCAGAAAACAAUCCUAUGAAGUCUUCGCUGGCAGAAGAAAAGAAAACCGAGAAGACUUCUACACUGGUCCAAAUGAAAGAACCAGAAGAGAUACGUGCUCCUGAUCAUGAAGAUGAGGAGGCUGAGACUGAGCCAGAGGAACGGGAGGAGAAUGAUGGUCCUCUUCUAGUUCCUCGAGUGAAAGUAGCAGAAGAUGGUACAAUUAUUCUGGAUGAAGAAAGUUUAACUGUAGAAGUUUUAAGAACAAAGGGGUCAUGUGUCGUAGAAGAAAAUGAUCCGAUCUUUGAGCGUGGCUCCACAACUACCUAUUCCAGCUUUAGGAAAAGUUUUUAUACCAAGCCGUGGUCAAAUAAAGAAACUGACAUGUUCUUCUUAGCUAUUAGCAUGGUAGGAACAGACUUCUCUCUCAUUGGUCAGCUGUUUCCUCACAGAGCAAGAACAGAGAUUAAGAACAAGUUUAAACGUGAGGAAAAAGCAAAUGGAUGGAGGAUAGAUAAAGCGUUCAAGGAAAAGCGACCAUUUGACUUUGAAUUCUUUGCCCAGUUGCUUGAGGAGGUACUGGCAGAUGAGAAAAAGAGAAAGCAAAAAGCUACUAAAAGACAAAGUUCAAAAGAGAAGAAGCCACACAAAUCUCGGAAAAAGCAAAAAGCUAAAGUCAGUGAAGAAGCAGAUAAUGACCUGGAAGAUCCUCAGGGUAUCAGAAUUUCUGAUGCAGAAACAGAAGUGGAUGCUGGGACAGCUGAGAAGGAGAAUGAAGAAUCUCUGAGUGUCUCUGAACAGACAGAAGAACAGAUUAUAUUGGAGCCAGUGACAACCAAGAAGAAGAGGAAAAAGAAGAAAAAAGAUGAUUCUGAACUGGAAGUGGAGAAUCUGGCUGAAGAGGGAGCUGCCCCCACAAAACCAGCUAAGGGGGGGAAAUCCAGCAAUAAAAAAAAAAAUGCAGUGUCUGGUAUGAACAGUGCUAAUCGUACUGAAUGUGGGGAGGAACUGGAUGUUCUUAAUCAAGAAAAUGUGGAUGAGACUCCUGUCCUGGUGGAGCAAGAAUCACAUUCCUGCUUACAACCGAAUGAUAAAACAGAAGAAAAUGAUCUCAAUUUAGCCAGCUUUCAAGAUACUAGUGCUGGAUUAAUAGAAACUGAAUCUUCUGAACCAGAAACUCCAGAUAUCAUCUCUGGGUCACAGGAUUGGCAACCUUCAAAAUCUCAAGCUUCAGGUACCAGAAAUGAAAAAGGAAAUGGUGAAGAGACCAGUGAAGCAAAGAACAAUGAAGUAUGUGAUUUAUAUAAACCGGAUGAAAAGGAAAGUACAGCAGGAAAAAGCCAUGAUUCUAAAUCUGAAACAAUGGAAACUGAAAAAGCUGCUGCUGGAAAGCCAUCCGUGAGAGGACGCCUGCAGAGACCUAAACCCAACUUAGCAAGGGCAUCUGGAAAGACAGAAGCAGCAGUCCAAGAGAAAUCUGAGGUCGAGAAUUCUUCUUCAGAGCCUACAGAAGGGGCUGAAAAAAUGUGUACCAUGGAAGCUGGUAACACAGCUGAAGGUAACACAGCUGAAAUCACCAGAGAUGAAACCACAGGAAGAGAAAUCAAAGCCUUAGAGACUGAAUCCCAAGAAAAAGCUGUUACUGAAAAAGCAGCAAUGAGAGGGCGUCGGCAGCGAUUUAAACCUAAUGUAGUAGGAGCAUCUGGGAAAAAAGAAGCUCCUGUCCAAGGUGAAGGAAAGAACAAAACUCCUCAAGCGCCUGAGGGAGCAAUUGAAAAGCAGAGUACUGACCAAGGUCACACACCUGACAGUACCAGAGGGGAAACUACAGAAAAAGAUGGGAGGAUCUCAGAGACUGAAUCUCAGUCUAAAGAAAUAUCCUGUUUACAAGAAGGUGGCAAACAGAGUGUACUUAAACCAGCACCACUAAUGAGGGCUCGAAUGCAGAGGCCAAAACCAAAUGUAGGAAGGGCAGCUGGAAGGCAAGAAGUAUCAGCAACAAAAAAAGAUGUAGAAGAUGAAAAAAUGGAAGUUGGAGAAGCAGUGAAGAGUUUGAUACAUUGUGAAAACAAAAGUGGUGCACUCCUCACCACAGGGGAUGCAACAGGUAAUGAAGACAUCCUGCUGUGUUCUGAGAUAUCAGAAAAAGAAGGCACCGCAGGAGCUGAGAAGGUGGUCUCAGCGCAUGUCAAACAGCGUUCCCAAGAGAAACUCUUGGGAUCUGAGAGUUGUGAACAAGAAAAGGAGUCAUUUUCUGUGGAUGAUUUGGAAGAUGGUUCAGAUUUUGGUACAGGAGACACCAGUUCUCAGCAAGAAGAAGAAGUGGCUGUUCAGACAACACAUCUGUUGAGGAAUCAAUUUCAGAGGCCAAAAUCAAAUUUAGGAAAGGAAGCUGGAGGAGGGGAAGUGCCAGGGGUGGAUAAAGAUGUGUCAGAGGACAGCACUGAAAAAGACAACAGUUUGAUACAGUGUGACAGUAAAUGCAGCAUGCUUCCUGACCUAGAUAAAGCAGCAAAAUGUGAAGUCAUGCCAUCCUGGCAGUCAUUAGAAAAAGAAGACCCUGUAGACUCUCAGGAAGUAUUUGCAACCCCAAUAAGCCUUCAGUCCCCUAAGAAGUUUUCAGGAUCUGAGAGUGAUGAACAAAAUGUGUCUCCUCCAUCUGCAGAUAACCAGGAGAAGACUUCAGCUGUUGCUGCCAGGCUCCACAGCAAACUCAUCUCUCAAGGAGAAAGUAAACCAGCCUCUCUUCAGCCAGCCCAGCUAGUGAGGAGCCGAUUCCAGAGACCCAAGCCAAACAUAGGAAGGGCAAUUGGAAGGAAAGAAACACGAGCAACAGAAAAGGAUGAAACUGAAAAAAAGACUGAAGUUGAGCAAUCAGCUCUGCAAAAAGAUGAAUCUGCUGGCAUCCCCUCCACUGUACACAAGCCAAAGGGUGAAAAUGAAGCUGUCUCUUCUGAAGCUUCAGGAGAUAAGUUGUUGGGUUGUGAGAAACAGACGCCAGAAGGAGAAUCUCCAGUGCCUGAUAUUUACCAAAAUGUGUCAGAUGAACAAAGCAGUUCCCAAGAAGAUAAGCCAUGUGCUAUCAAACCAGCACAGCUAAUGAGGAGUUGGUUCCAGAGGGCUAGAUCAAACCUGGGAAGGGCAUAUGGCAAGAAAGAAGAGCCAGUGGCAGAAAAAGUUACUGCUCCAGUUGAAGGGGAAACAGGAAAAGCAGAGGAGAGCCCUUUACCACAUAGGGAUUCUGAUGUACAUCUCUCUCCAAAAGCUGAAGUGGAUUUGGCCCAAAAAGUUGGUUCAGAUUCCUGUGGGGUCACCUCACCAAAAAGAAGCAUUCAAUCAGAAAAACUUUGCUCCCUUGAGAAAUCUUUGAGCUGCAACAAUCAGAGCGAUCAAAGAAAGAGUUGUAUGUCUACAGAUGUUGAGAGCAGGCUUCCGAAUUAUUCUGAAAGGUCCAGUUCUGGAGAAGAAAGUAAACCAAGUGCUAUAAAACCUGCACAGCUAGUGAGGGGCCAUUUACGGAGGCCAAAGCCAAACCUAGUUAGAGCAACAAGAAAGAAAGAAGCCCUUGAAGAGGGAGAAAACACAACUGAGGAAAAGACUGAAGCUAGAAAUACAGAAGAAGGUCUGGUAUCAUGUGGUAUAAAAUCAGAAAACCUAACCUCAUUACUGCACACAUCUGGUAACUUAGUGGAAGUUGCAUCCUCCACAGAGGUUUCACGGAAAAAAGAGUCUGCAGACAGUAUUGAGGCAGUGCUUCCUAAAAGGAGCAGGCAGUCCUGUAAAUUCCAGUCUCCAGAGAGAUUGUCGGAGAGUGAAAGUCAAAUAGAACAAGAGGAAGAUUCUCAGCCUCUUUAUGCUCAGGAGAAGACCUCAGACAAACUGAUAAGAAGGCAGCCUAGAAGGUCAUCCGAACAGGCAGGCCUGUCAAAACGUGUAUCUGAGCUAAGAACUUCUUCUGCCUCUGAAUGUGAAGUUGAUCGCUGUGAAAAGGGAAAACCACGUCGAAAGAUUAAACCAAAUAUCACCAAAGGCAAAGGCUUGAAAACGGCCCACAGCAAGAGAUCUGGGAAAGAACAUGGGAGUUCAAAGGUAACCUUGGUGACCCUCCGAGCUUCUCAGGAGGAGGAUGAAGAUGAUGCAGAUGAAUUUGAGCUGGAUGAUGAAGAUGAAUGUUUUUCACCAGAAGAAGUAAACAAAGCUCCAGUGUUUGUUCCUGUAGGUCUUCGAUCUCCAAAACCUAUUCCUGUCCAGAUUGAGGAAACCAUGGAAGAGCUUGAAAUAUCUGUGAAUGUCCCAGAUGUGCCCUGCAUUACUACUGCUGAAUAUCUGUCUCAUGAUUUAAAUGUGGUUGUCCAGCCUGUGAUGCAGAGAGAUGAAAAUCUGAAUGCCUCACAAAUUGAAGUGACUACACAUGAAAAUCCAGAGACUGACACAGGGAUUAAUGAUGGAAGCACUGAAGCUGCCAUGACAUUACUUGCAAUGGGAGAUCCAAUGUUUCAGUUAAAAAUAAGCACUCAAGGAAGGACACAGGUGUUUCCUGAUCAAGAUGAAUUGCACGUGGCUGAUAGCCUCAUAAACCAGCCUAAUACAGAGCAAAAUGCGGCCCCAAGUAAUCAGUCACUUUCUUCACCUACUAAUAAUGAACUGGUUCCCUCAGAGGAUGGAAACAAAGUCAUUCUACAGGACCAAAGUUCUGGAAAAGAAGCAAGUGUAGAAAUUUUUUUUAAGGAAGAUGCUGCACCCAGCAGUGAUCACUCUGUGCCCAAAGUGAAUAGUACACCAAGGUUUGCAAGAUGCAGACUUCCUAAGCCUAAACCAAAUCUUAGCAGAGUACUGGGAACAAACAGGAAUGUUCAUCAGAAAUCUCUUAGUCCAAAUGCCGAUGUGGAGCAAUUCAAGCAGGUUCAAAGUGAGGGGAAAGCUCUAAGAGAGACCAUAGAAGAGCAAGACGUAGAUUUAGAAUGGAAGGUCAGACCAGCUGAGAACAGUUCUGCAGAUCUGCAGAAUUUUGGAUCUGGAAGCACAGACCUUGCCGAGACAGAAAACAAGACAAGAGAGACUUGGGAAGCUUCAGUGGAGUUAAAAACUCCUAUAAUAUCUCCAAAAGCAGAGAUUUUCCUACCUGGGCUAGAGAAUGAUCCUAAUCAAAGUUCUACUGGUGUCCUUCCUGAAAAUAAGCCUGAGCUUAUGCACAGCUUGCAUGAAGUUCAGUUGACACAGGCUGAGGCAGUUACACAGGAGUUUCAACAGCAAUACAUAACCAGCACAAAAGAAACUUCAGUGAAUGGAAGUGGUAAUGAAUAUCCAGAGGAGGCGGAGGAACAGACUUUUAUUUUAACAUUGGUGGAAAUUCCAGCUGACUCGAGAGAGUACCAUGACGCAUCUAUGUCACUAGAACAAGCUUUGGAACCAUUGCUGCCAGCCCCCAUACUUCUCACUCCAGUGAAUACAGGCUUAGCUAAUGUGAUGGAAGAGCAGAGCAGUGGAUCACUGACCACUACAGUUGAUAAAGCUGCUACCUCUUUAGACAACUGUACAGGAACAGAAGGACUGCAGAGAGCAUCAAUAGAGACAUUUACUAAUUUGGAUCAGACAUCUUGGAAAAGGCAUGCUAUUGAUAUUGAAGAAAGUGACACUCCUCCUGCCAAGCGAACUCCUUCUACCUCAGCAGAGGAUAAUCUGGCAAAUACUUACAAGGAGUCUUCAGUUAAAUCAACACAUGCUCCAAGGAAAAUUGCUGGGAGAAUUUCUGAAAAACUGAAAACUUCCAAGAAGAAAAAACUACCUACCUCUAUAUUUGUAUCUAAAACUGCAGAAAGAGGGCAAUCUGAAUCCUUUCAGAAAUCAGGAACUAUACCAGUUGAGGAAUCGGCAUGCAAUUGUUCAGAUGAGUUGGUGUCUGGAAUGGACCAUGAAGGAAAAGAAGAAGCAAAUGAGCAAGAAAGUUCUAUGGAUAUUUGUGAAUCUGGAUGUUCAGGACAUGUUGGGAGCACAGCUGCCCUUUCAAGAAGCCCGAUACUAAGGGCUGGCCGAAGACCUCUGGGAUUUUUAUCUUUAAUUUGCAAAUCAAGUAAUGCUGAACCUGGAGAGGGUGCUAAGGGGAAUAGACAGAGACUCCAAAAACCUCUCAUAGCUGCCUCAAAGCGAAGUCUGAAAAGACCCACUCCAUCUGCUGAGAACAGUACAGACACUCAAGAGUCCUGUUCUCUUCCCUCUACAAGCAUGUUGACGUCUGCUGAAUGUGAGAAUAUAGGCACUGCUGCAGUUCAGGCUUCUUCUGAGUCUUCUGAAAAGCAAGCUUCCUAUACUAAACAACAGGAGAAAGAAGAGGAGCCAACCAGAAUCUCAGAAUAUUUUUUCAGUGAUAUCUUUAUGGAGGUGGAUGAUUCAGAAUAAACCUCUGGGAUCCAAGAAAGCAGUGUAACAGCAGAACUGUAUAUAGAUGAGUUGCUGUGAAUUCUCCUUUGUUCUUCCUUAGUCCUAAUUUAUUACCAGCCUCACUAAUGGAGAACAACAAGCAUUGUUGGAAGACAAAAUCAGUUUUUCUCAUUCUGGGCGAUCUGAGCAUUUUCAAACAUUUAAGAACUAGAUUGGCAUGAUGAGACUAAACGGUAGCUGUUGGCUUACACUGUAACUUUUCAAGAUGCAGAUGCUGGGUGCAUGACUAGUUUCUAGAAGUGCAAUGAAUGAAUGACUAUCCACGUGACAAUAUCCCUUUAAAUCAUAAUGCUGAAGCUUGUGGGUCUGGUUAUAAAAGUCAUUUGCUAUACUUCUUUUUGUGAAGUUCCACUCCAGGAAGGAGAAUUAACCUUCAUAUCUAUCUCUAUAGAUAGAGAAGCAAUUCUAAAAGCUUAGUGUAGUAAAUACAUAGAAAUGUUUUUUAUCGGCUAUUUUAUAGUCUUCUCCAAAUUAUGUAUUUUUGUAAUGACAAAUUCACAGGUACAUAAGCUUAAAGGCCCUGAUUGAAAACAAAAUAUCUAAUCCCUUUUAAAUGUACAGAGAUAAACAUGAGACUGUAUUUAUUUAAUUUUAAUUUAUUAAAAGAUGCUAUCCCGUUAAUCCUUUUUCAUCUAUCUGAUUUGGGGGUGAGGAAAAGAUUAACCUAUCUCCCAUUGUAAAUGCUGAUUUAUUUCUAAAUUAAAUAUUUAAUACAAUAGGCUGGAUUCUGCUCUUGCACUGUCUUUUAUAUACUCAUGUAACUCUAUUGACUUCAGUGGAAUUUCCCUAGUAUAAAUCAAGAGUAACUGCGAGCAGAAUCGAACCCAGAACAAUUGAGUGAGGAUGCUUUGAGGAUUUACUACUUUGAAACUGUUAAGUUAAAAUGGUUUUCCUCAUGUUUCCUAAGUUUUGUUCACUAGAACAGUGUAACUUAGUUUUUAGGGUGAUAUUAGGUUGGUCACGUGAAGACUAAUUUUCCACUUAUGUAAUAAGGAAAAAUUGCCGUGACAAGGUAACAGCAUCACAUGGUCUCAAUCUUAAAAUCAGGCAUUCUUCUAAAAGAUAAAUAUAUUUUCAUUCUUAAAGUCUUGACUUCUUGAAAUGAGUAGGUAGAUAUUUUAAAUUAGACUUAGAUAAAGUCUGCUUUUUUCUCCUUGAUUAAAUGUUCGCCACUGGAGACCAAGGAUACAGAAUAGACUUUCAGAACAUGGGAUUUACAUAAUGUCACAUACCUCAAGAUGAAUAUAUCCCUAAUUAUGUUCCUUAACAGUUCUGAACACCCUUUCAAACCAGUUAUUUUUUUACUCUAGCUUCACUUGCCACAGGUCAGUCAGAAAUGCAUAGUACAGUAUAUGUUGGUUUACCUUAAGGUUGUGCUUCUACCUUUAAUUUGUAUUUUGUGAAUGGGUCUUGCCAAAACGAAAAUGAUUCUUAAUGAGAGAGUAAUUUAAAAUAUUUUGCUAAAUUUGGUAUUCAAAUGAUUUUUUUUAAGAUUCUUUUGCCACCCUCUGCAAAGAAAUAUCUACUCUGUAGAGCUGGAUGGUGAUUUACUAGCAAAUCCAUAAUUUAUUUUCUAAUUAUAAUGAUUAUCAGAUUUCUCUUGAAUUGCUUGCUGAGACUUGAAUUUUUAUCCUUUCAGAAGUUAUUUUUUGACUUGUAGCUUCUAAAGGUGCCCUCAAGACUGGAACAAUAAUCAAAAAUAGACCAGCUAUUAGGAAUCAUUAAAGUAGAAGCCCAGAUCACUUACUUUAUAGCAGCUAAAUGUGAGAAGCAAUUACAAUUUUAAUGCUGUGGUGGAAAGGGAAAACUAUCCUACAAUAGAAUGGUUUUCCUCUGUUUUUCAAGUAAAUGACAACUUGAAUUUAAAAAAUGACUGUACAAAUGGAUCCAAUCACAUGUCCAGUUUCAGGCCAGUGUCUCAUGGUUUGACUAUUUCAUUUUAACUUGAAAUACCCAUUUUUAUGUUUUUUCUCCUUCUACUGUAAACAUUGCAGUAAUAGAUUAACAUUGUAUAUGUGUAGCUAAGGCUACUGUACAUUUUGUAGUCUGGUUCUUGUAUGCCAGUGGUCCCCAACCUUUCCGUGUGGCAGGCGCCGGACUACUAGCCGCCAAGGAGUGUGGCCACCGGACAAGCAGCCGAGAAGCAGCAACGCCAAGAAGUGUCGCCGCCGAAAUGCUGCCAGUAGACGGGCGCCAUGGCGCCCGCGGGCACCACAUGGGGGACCCCUGUUGUAUGCAAAUAUUUUGUUAGUUAUUGUUACAUGGGGCAUGUUGCAUUUUAGAAUCAGGUAAACCAGUUAGAUCACCCCCACUAAUAUGUUCUCAAAAUUGAUUUGUGGAGGAGGAGGCUAUAAAAUAACGUACUCUAAGUACCUACUAAAGUGGUAAAGACUCAUUCAUAGUAUUUCAGAUGCAAUUCAAAUGACAAGGCAAAAAUAAUUUGUAUUUCAUAAAUUAUAAAGAGACGACAAAAUGUAUGGUGCCUUAUUUAUCCCUAAUAGACGGAAGGGACAACAGACCUUGUUCUUGUUGUUUUUUCACAGCAAACCAUGUGCACUUUGUUAUCAAUCUCUUUUGAAUCCCAUUUCUUUAGAGAGAUAAGAUAACGUGUGUUUUCCGUGUUGGAUGUGAAAGUUGUAUAAGUCAUAGUGAUGGAAGGAAACAGAACAGCAUCCUCUGUUAAGUUCCACUGAUCAAUGGUUUAUCAUUUCUAUUAAGAUGUGGUAAAGGACUGUUUUCCUUGAAGAGUUCUUUGACAAACAUCCUAUGUAAUAUUGUUCAUGUGUAAGCUUUCGGGUUCAAAGAAAGCAGUCUGUUCUAUAUGUAAAUUAUGUGAAUAAAUACUUUUAUAUCA